AUGGAAUCCGAUAAAGAUACAUUUCAUGUUGUCAUUAAACUGCCAUUCCCAAGACCAAAUGACUUUGCAGAACCACCUUCAAUUGUUUGGACCGAAGAAAUGGAACAUCAACUAUGGAAGCACAUGAGUCAGAAAAGCAAAGACUGUAGGAUAACAUUUCAUAAUAUAGAGCCAAAAAAGUUCAAUAACGUCCAUUCUGUAGGGAAUGCGAUUGCAGAACAGUUGGGUAUACCCACACAGUAUGUUGUUCGUCAUGCGGCCUUCAUUUAUGAAACUCAGCUGAGAGGAAUACAGCAACAGUUACGGUUGAACGUUGGAAGAACAAAGAGCCCUGUUGUGAAUAAAUCGAGACCACCAUCUAUCAGAUAUUCCGAUACAAUUCAGUAUAAUGAAUUGCCUCAGGAAAACAGACAAACCUCUGACUCUUUGUUGCUAUCAAAAAUAUCCACCAUAGCACCUCGUUUACAAGAGUCAGAAAAUCAAGACAGUUCAUUAAUAGAAGAGCAACCCAUAGAAAAUCAAGAAGAAAUCGAAGAAGACGACCAGGAUAUUACAAAUCAAUUGGAGAAAGUCCAAAUAGAAGAAGAGCCCGCAUUUUUACCACGUAGAUCAAUGAGUAAAACAAUGAGUAAUAGCAGUAGAUUAUCACUGUCUAUUCAAAAUCUAAAAAAGACUAUUACGCCCCAACAACAACAACAACAACAGCAACAGCAACAGCAACAAUUACCACAGUCCCCUCAAAUAGUAACCGCAUCAAGCUCAAAUAACCCAAGUGCGCUCAACUCGGUGGGGUCCUCCUUUAGCGAUCUAUCAGAUUCAUCAGUCACUCAAUCAGCUUUGGAGGAUGCAUUUAUGUCCAAGUUUAAUCAGGGAUCAAAAAUGUCAUUACUAAACUUUUCUCGUAAAUAUAAAGAAUAAUGUUUGAUAUAUUUUAUUGUUCCAAAGAAUAAAUAAAAGCAUGUAAUGUCUUUAAAGAACUACAUGAAUGAUUUAAAUUUACACGCACAUUGCCUACCCAUCAACAAGCAGGCCAGUGAC